AUGGCUGACUUGGUUGUUCCCCGGGGGUUCGAUCAAAUAGCCACAGUGGGCUGUGGGGCAUUCGGGACUGUUUACAGUGCCUGGGAGACGAAUAAGAAGCGGAAAGUGGCUAUUAAAGAGUAUAAAGUACGGCAGCUAUCGUCUGGGGUUUUGCGCGCAAUGAAGACAGAGCUAGAGAUAAUCCCGCGCAUAAGCCACCCAAAUCUAGUCCAGCAUUUUGAGGUUUUUAACGAAAUACCAGGAAAGAUUAUGCUUUCAAUGGAGUUUCUAGAAAGCGGCUCUCUGUCUAAUCUCAUUGAUAAGUACCACCAGUGUCGGCAAAAUAUCCCGGAGACGUUUGUCUGGGACAUUACGGCACAGAUGGUAUUGGCUUUGCGGUAUUUGCACUCACCAAUCAAGGAAAAUGCCUCUGGCAUCGGUCGGAUUAUACACAGAGAUCUAAAGCCUGAUAACGUAUUUCUAUCUAGUACUGGUGCGGUCAAGAUAGGGGAUUUCAACUUGUCGCGGGUGAUUGAAUCGGCGGAUGCGAAAAUGACCUUUGCCGGUACGUUUUCAUACAUGGCACCAGAAAUACUCUUGCGGAAGCCUUACAACGAGAAGGUGGAUAUUUGGUCUCUUGGCUGCAUAGUGUGUGAAAUGUGCACAAAUAGACCAAUUUUCAAUUUUUCGCAUUCUACUGAUUACACCACGGAGUUCUCAAAAUUUUCAGCACAGAAUCUCAGGCUACCGCAGGGAAUGUACUCUAAUGACCUGAUUGGGUUCAUAUAUAAAAUUCUAGUCGUAGAUCACAAUGCUCGGCCCUCUUCGUCUGAGCUUGCUCAGGUGCCCCAAAUAGUAAGUGCUGUUAAGCGACUGAUUGAGCGUGGCGUCUACGAUACUAGUAUUCUCAACGACCUUGACUACACUCUGAAGCAUACACCCGGAAAUAGAACGGUGCAGUCUGGUGACGACGACUUGAGUAGGCGGGGAAGCAGAUCUAUUAGCACGUCCCGCACUUCUCGGCCAAGCAGUGUUCAUCCCAUAGAUCUCCGAAAAUCGUCCAAGCAGUGUGGACAUGCACAUGCGCAGCCCCUCGAAUCUCUAGAGAGUGUUCAUGGUAAAGGUCUCAGUUCUGGAGGGUUCCAUGAUCACGGGGGCCAAAGCGAUGGUGCUGAUAAAGUUAAGCGCUACCCUUCAGGAGGACCCAAAGAGAUUAACUAUUCACUACUGGAGAACCCAAGCGUCUACGGUGAUGCGGCGGUGAGGGUAUCUGAUCGUGCACACAAGGAUAUACCUGAGAAUCCUAGACAUUUUGCAGAUGGGACUACCGUUUCAAUAGACACGAGUGCCCUUCCAGCAUAUUUGAAACGGAUGACGGAUGGGGACACUUCGACUAGAAGCAGAUCUUCGUCGUCUAAGCACCGAAUAUCCCAAGGUUGUGCUACAACUACUCUUCAGCAUUCUGCGUUUUCCGGACACGGCACUGCAAGAUAUGACUAUCAAGUAGAGGGAUCCCGUGGUACCACUGAUUCACGCCCCUAUUCGCGUAACCAACGAAGUGAUAGCCGUGUUAGUCGCAACAUGUGCAAGUCCGAAAGCGUCAAUACCAUGACUCCGAGCCGCCAUGAGUCUCGGCAGGGUCUUCCGCACUCGUUAUCGUCCAAAGACCACGUAGCUAAACGAACUCCCACAGGAGUUUCGAUUCAUGGGCACACAAACCUUAUGAAGGCGGCGACAAUCGGAGACUCGAAGGGUGUGAAGCAGUGGAUUUCACAGGUUCGCCAGUACGACGAGGACGGCAAAACGGCUCUUAUGUAUGCGGCUAUAUCCGACAGCUUGAACUGCGUCGAGAUCCUUUUACCCGAAGAGUGUAGGAUGACGGAUCGAGUAGGUAACACAGCCCUUAUGCAUGCGGUACUGAAUAAAAGAUUCAACUGCAUUCAGCUCCUUCUGCGCCAGGAAACAGGGUUACGAGAUAUCAAAGGACGCACAGCGCUGAUGAAGGCAGCUGCUACCGGCCAGCUUUCUAUCGCAACCUUACUACUUGGGUCUGAAGGAGGCCUAGCUACUCCGGAUGGUUCGACAGCCCUGACUUAUGCAGCAAACCACAACGACAUUGACAUGGUUAAUUUGCUGUUUUCUUUAGAAUUUGCUAUAAGCGAACCAAAGCUAAACGAAAUGAGCCCUACGUUCACUAAUACGAUGAAAAUGCACUUACAACAACUAAGAACCAGCCGGCGAAAGUGA